UUUUGGUAUUUUUAGACGAACAACUUACUUUAAUGUAGCCAUAUAUUUUUGUUUUUCGAAAAUAUUUGAAAAAUGAAUCGGUUGCAUUUGUUACUCGUUACGAUUUGCUGUGUUCAAGUUUCCUAUUGCAAAUACGAUUGCAUUGAAAAUUGUGCUUGUGAAAUUCGCCAAGACCUCGUGAUUGCUAACUGUACCGGUAGAAAUUUCACAGAGGUUCCUCAGCCAGAACCAAAACAAAAACAGGUCAAUGUACUGUAUCUACAGUAUAACAGAAUCACAAGGCUGAGAACAGGAGAUUUUUCUUUGUUUAAUAAGUUGAAAGAAUUACAUAUUCAAGUAAAUGGAAUUGACACGAUUGAAGAAAGCGCUUUUGACGGACUUGUAAAGUUAGAAGUUCUGGAUAUUUCAAAAAACAGAAUUUCAUCUAUACCGGAAUCCAACAUGAAAACUUUAUCUAAAAACUUGAAGCGAUUAUCCGUAUCUAUGAAUUCUCUGAUGGGAAUGCCUUUAGGAUUACAAAACUUCACACGACUCGAAUAUCUGGAUUUAUCAGAUAACAAAUUCAUCACAGACGUGCCACCAGAUUCACUUUCAAAAAAUUUAUUGAAACUGGACCUGCAUUACACUGGAAUCAAGAAUUUCAGAAGAGACACAUUUACCGGACUGACAAAGUUGACGACACUUUUGUUGAACGACAAUAGAGCGUCAUCAUCACUGAAAUUCGAGGAAGGAGUUUUUGACAAUCUUGUAUCUUUAAAACAUAUUGAUCUGUCUCGAUGUUAUUGCAAGAAAAUGUCUCGCAAUAGUUUCAAAGCCCUUCAAAAUUUAACAACGUUGGUCAUGAACAAUUGCUGGCUGACUAAGCCUCCUAUAAUGGCUAGAUAUAAAAGUGGUCAUGGCGCAGACAACUGGUUAAACAGUGGACUUGUUACAUCAACUAAUCCGGAAACAACUGAACUUACAACAUCGGCUCCAAUAACCACAGUCACAUCCCAACCUUCUGAAGGGAUAUGGUACAAUCCGAAGCUGACUCUCCUGGAUCUGACAAAUAAUCCUAGAAUGUCAAUAAAACCAGGAGGAACACGUUUACCACCAUCUUUAACAGAACUUAGACUUGGAUAUACAAAUAUUCCGUCGAUUGAUAACGAUCUUUUCAAUGAGACAUCGUCGAUUCAAAAGUUGGAUUUAUGUCAUUCUAAAAUCCGAACAAUAGCAAGAGAUGCAUUCAUGAAAUUUCAGAAUGUAUCUGAGAUUUGUUUAUCUGGAAAUCCACUCGAUGGCGCUCCACGUCUUCCCGCUUCUUUGUUGACGCUCAAUCUGAGUGAAACAAAAAUCUCGAAUCUCACAAGGAUUAUUUUAAAAGACUUAAGCAACGUGCUGGAGGCAAAUAUACGGAACGGGAAAAUAGAAUGGCUUGGGGAUUACGCAUUCAGCAAUAUGACGGCAUUACGUAAAUUAGAUUUAUCAGAAAAUAAAAUUGAAAUUUUGCAAGAGAACGCUUUGUAUAUCGGUCCCAUGUCACCUAGAGCAAAACGACAUAUAGAGUCAGCAGAAUCGAAAUCUGUUAUCUACGAAAUAAAUUUAUCUUCAAAUUUAUUGAAAAAAAUAAAACCUGGCGCAUUUGCAUCACACGAACAACUUCAAAUUCUCGAUCUUCAACAUAAUUUCAUGGAAGCUUUGAUACCCGAUAUGUUUCAAGGUCUCGGCAAUUUAAAAAAGCUUUUUAUGAAUGACAAUUUGGUCAUUGAUGUCUCCCCUGGUACUUUUACUGAUUCUCCAAAUCUGGAGAUCUUACAUCUCGAAGAAAACAAUAUAGAAGUUUUAUUUGACGAGUCUUUCAAAGGGUUGGAUAAACUGAAGGAAUUGUAUCUUGGAAGCAACAAACUAAUGUUGGUCCAUUCGCACAUAUUUCCUUCUCUUCAGUACUUGGACAUGUCAAAUAACAAUCUAACAGAAUUUCCUGAUCUUGGAGGUCCGAAGCUCGAGGAAAUUGAAAUGUCUUAUAAUGUUUUUGAACAUAUAGCGGCAGAUUCAUUGCUUAACGCAAAAAAUCUUCAAAUUUUACAUCUGACACAUUGUAGUAUUGAUGUUAUAAACUAUAAUGUUUUCGCCUCUACGCCGUCCCUCAAAAAAAUUGAUUUAACCGACAACUACAUAUCAGAAUUUCCGAACGUAAAAAUGUCGGCGUUAGAGAUACUGGAAAUAGAAGAGAACGAAAUUGAAUCAAUCGACAAUAGCUUGGUAGAUGUCGCUCCGAAAUUGCAACACUUUGGUCUCAGUUAUAAUAAAAUAUCAUACAUCAACCCCGCUGUGUUUUACGGAAUGACGACGUUAAAAGAAAUUGAUUUGACUGGAAAUAACUUUGAAUGCGAUUGUAAUCUACUCCCAUUGGUCAACUGGAUAAAAAAGCAUUAUGACGAGGUUCUAGACGCUUACUCGUAUCUAUGCGAAGGCCCAGAAGAGCAUUACGCAAUGCCCGUUUUGGAUGUAGUAUCUGAACUGAACUGUGAUCCGACGCCGAAAAACGAGCCACACCGUGCACAAAUUUACAUCGGCACUGCAGUGGCUGUAAUUCUUCUCAUAAUCCUCCUAUUGCUACUUUUAUGGUUGAUACAAAGACGAUCAAGAGCGCAACGACUGAGAAACGAGAACGGAGAUGCGAUGUUGAACGACAAUGCAGACGAAAUAAAAAUGGUUUCAGAACCAGGGUGUUGUUCUCAAUGUAAAACGUGGUGUUUUGGAAUGAACGAUUUCAGAAGGGAACGAGCGCACAGAGGACGAAUAGUUUCAGAAGAAAGGCGCGAUCUAAUGGUUACGUCACCAGUGACGUCACCGAUAGAUAAAGAAGCACCAACUGAAUUGUGACGAAGAUGUAAUUAAAGAAGUAACACUCAACAAACACAAAUUUCAAAACAUUUUUCAUACUUAAAUUAGGCAUAUACGAUCAUGUCUGAAAUCCUAUAAACGCAUUUUUGUUUUCAAAUAUAGGUGUAUUAUAUAUUUUCAAAUAUGCCGAUACUGCAUGUAAAAUCUUUUUUUGUCCAAUAAUAAGCAUUCCGUUACGUUACUAUGCUUGGGAUGUAUUUCAUAGCGUGAUAUCUAGCAUUGAAGCAAAUUGCUCUGUCGGACAAAGUUGAAAGCAAUAGCUUACAGCUAUUUUACUUGCGAUGGAACGCAGUUUCAUCCCGUAAAAUUAUGUAGAAAAAAAAAUAAUUAAAGCAUCUUGAUUUCAUUGAACUGUACCUACUAUAUAUACUGAUCAAUUCAAAUCACUUCACAUAAGUUCAACCCCAAUUUUCAAUCAAUUAGAAGCUCAUUCAUUCAACAAUUGCAUUUUUUAGAAUAUUGCCCGAACUGCUUAGUUAUUUUAAUUGCAAAAACUUUCCAUAAAAAUCGAGUUUGCUCUUUUGAAAUAAAAUGUAUUCCUUGUUACAAUUGUGCCAUUCUACGUAUAGCUUUAUAUACACAAACAAUUUGCAGUAUUACUGCCCUUUUUAAAACAUUUUUCUUCAAUUUAUUAUUACCUCCACUGAUAUUUAUUUAUUGCUUGUAUUUUACUCAAGAUUUUGUGUUUUAUUAUUUUUUCAUUUUCUUAUUAUUUUUAACGGUUUAUAAGUGGCUUAAGUAUAAUAAUUGUUGUUGUCAAAGACUGAUGAUCGUUUAACAUAAAAUGGUUAUAUACGAAAGUUAUAAAAAGUAUAAUAGCUUGUACUGUCAUUUUAUUGUUUGGACUUUGUGACUUGGAAAUUAAAAUAUGCAGUUACAGUUGUGAAAAAGAUGUGAACUGAAGCCUGUGAAUAGAUGGGCAUAACAUUUAUUCGAAAUGUAUUUUUGUCAAAGUUAGUGGGUUCUGUUUGCCAAGUUUUGAACCAAUGUUCCUGCUCUUUUUUUUAAAUAUGAUAAUAAAAACAAACGUCAUUGCAUUG